GAAUGGGAUUUAUCUAACGAAGAUCAAGUUAUAGAUCGUGACCAAUUCCUUCAGGAAAAUAAUCUUAAUAUUAACCCUGAAGAUAUACGAUGUAAAUGGUCUAUCCGAUACUCGAUUGCACCUGGUUCUCGAGUUUCAACAGCUUGCUAUCUCUAUGUAAGGUGUCUUGUAUUUGUUACAAUUUCUCUUCGCAAUGAUGAAAUUUGUGGCAUUGCAGG